AUGAUUAAUCAACAUACAUUUGAAAGUCUUAUUGUAACAAAUACAAUUGUAGCUGCAUUUUGUAUUGUUCUUCUGGUAACAUUUACCGUGUUUAUGUUUAUAUUUCUUAUUCCAUUAAUUCGACGUCGAUGGUUUGAACAUAAAGAAAAAUAUGAAAGUAAAAUUGUUGAUAUAUCAUCACUAAGUCGUCAACCAUCAUUUCAUCAAUUUACUUUUGGUACAUCUCGUUUUAAUCCAGUAUUUGAACCAGCACCAGGUACAACAACAACGUCAAUGACUCAAUUUGGUACAUUAUUUCAUCCACAUGCUACAGCAGCUACACUUCUUCAUCCAACUAUUUGGACGUCAAUGACUCCAACAUCUGUUGUUGCAUCUCCUCUUUCAACUCAAACAACAUCAACAUCACCAAUAACUAUACAAACAUUAGCAUCGCCACCACCAGUACCUUCUCAUCCUCCAAGAACAAUAUUAACAUCACAGAAACCACCAAAAACAUGA